AUGCGGUAUUACUUCAACCCGCAAUCCUCGCUCUGCUCAGCCCUGGUGCCAGGCAAUUCUGUUUGCUGUUCCGCUGGAAAUAUUUCCGGUUCAUCCUCUCAACCAAGCAAUGGCGCUGUUUGUAACACUUACACCAUCAAAAAUGGAGAUGUGUGUGAUCAAAUUGUACAAAGCCAUGGUGUGAGUGUACCAGAGUUUGAGAGCUAUGAUUCUCGGAAUUGGGGGUGGUCUAGGUGCAACUUGUUACUGCCAGUUAGGCUCAUGUGUGUUGGCUCAGGUGAGCCCUCCAUGCCAGCUUCUCUUGCGGGCACCGUGUGUGGACCUCAAGUGCCCGGGCCGCAGCGUCCUAGCAACUGGGCUGAUCUCAAGUCCCUCAACCCAUGCCCGCUGAAUGAAUGUUGCUCCUCGUGUGGUCAAUGUGGCAAUACCCCCGAAUUCUGCACGUCAUCCGUCUCCACAAGUGCAGUUCAAGGUACAAGUCUAUCCCUGAAAUCAAGAACGAGUACUGUUUUUAUACGUGCCACAGUCACUGGAAAUUCAAUUCCUUGGAUGCAGCUCGUCGCAGCCACUUCAAAGCACUCAACGCAAAGCAUUGUCUCCAAAUCGACAAGCACUGGUGAUUCAACUGCAAGCAAGCAUUUGACUUCAACGAGUACGACCGAUUCAACAAAGACGACUCAGUCAAUGACCAAAACUACCAGCACCACCACCAAGAACUGCAAAGGGACUUACUACGUCGUACAGGGCCACAAUGAACAUGUGACCCACAAGUGUCUAAAUCUACACCGCGGGCUAAGUGGUUUGUUCGACGGUGAUAAACCUUCAUGUCGAUGGUUCCCAGAGGACGGUAGCGCAGGGUGGGAGCCAUGCGACAAGAGCUCACUGAAAUCACCGCAAUCGUGGUCUGUGGAGAGUGGUACUUGCACCGUGUACGACAAUGAUACAUGCAAGUCAGAUGGCUACGGUCAAGUAUAUUAUUCUUGGGACAAGAAGGGCUGUGAAAAUAUGAAGGACUCAAAGUGGAACCCUAAGACUUGGGCUGCGUUGGAAUGUUCAGUUCUUAGUUGA